UCAAAGGGCAGCUGUCCACUAUAAAUGCCCUGUUUUCUUCUGUCUGGACUUGUGUCUGCUCACAGCAUCAUUUCAAACCAAGACAAGCUAGAAGGAGGCUGACUAGUUGAUGCCAUCUUCUCUUUACUUUUCAACGUGACUUAACGCUACAGUGGAAACACCGCUUGUCAAAAAUGGAAUGCUUGGCAUGGCUCGUCCUUUGCGCGCUCCUCAUCUGCUUUUUCAGGCUUGGCAGUUCGGAGAAACUGUCGCGCCAUUCCCGGUAUCACAAGAGCGCACCCGAGUCCAGUUUAGGAAAUCUAAAUUCGUACCAUCCCAGCAGGUACCCUCUCUACAUGAUGCAGCUGUACCGCUCCUUCAAGGCUGCAGACUCCUCACAGUCCACGGCUGUCAACACCGUCGGCGCAGCCGAUGCCAGCCACUUACUGCGGCAUUCUGACUCAGUCAUCAGUCUCAUAGCAAAAGGUUGCCAUCAAGUGGGUGAGAAAUGGACCGUCACUUUCGACAUGUCCUCCAUCUCUGCGACUGACGAUGUCCAGCUGUCAGAGCUUCGGGUCAGACUACCAGCUUUCUCCGCCUCCAAGCGCGUCACAUUGGACAUUUAUCACUCGCGAAAGCAGGACUGCGAGUCUGACACUGAAAUGUGCCGUGACGAGCGCCUUCUCUUGGGCAGCUUUGGCGCAUCGCCCAGUGACACCAAGUCUCCAUUGAACGUUUUCAAUGUAACAGCUCUGCUCAAAUAUUGGUUGCACCAGGGAGACGCAGUGACGGAGAGUCAAGAAGCAAGAGUUGGAGAUGUGAUGGAGGAAGAUCACGGGAGUGGGGUAGAUGGAGAGAUCGACAUGCCCUACAUUAAGCAUUUUACGCACAGGCGAAGGAAGGUUCACCAUCCGACAGCCGAACGGGUUAUGAUGGUUGUCUUCUCCAAGCACAACCUGCCUCGGGAUGGCGAGAGCGCACCCACUCUCAUCCGUACUGUGGAGCACUCCAAAUACGCAAUUUUGGACCAAGUCAGCGAUGAAGCUCAAGGGCGACGCCACAAGAGAAACCGAAUGGAGAGAGUGCGGAUGGCUGGCGGAAUUGCAGCGAAUGCUACUGGGUCACUGGCUGAAGCCGUCCAACGCCCACUAUGUCGGAAGGUGGACAUGUGGGUAGAUUUCGACCAGAUCGGCUGGAACGAGUGGAUUGUGUAUCCAAAGCGCUACAACGCGUUCCGUUGCGAGGGCGAGUGCCCUACUCCGGUGGAUGAAUCCUUCAGUCCCACCAACCAUGCAUACAUGAAGAGCCUGUUGAGACUGUUCCAUCCGGAUCGUGUGGAGUGUCCCUCCUGCGUGCCUACGCGCCUCAGCCCGCUGUCCAUGCUGUACUAUGGUGAUGAAGACCUGGUGUUACGGCAUCAUGAGGACAUGAUCGUGGAGGAGUGUGGCUGUCACUGAUACCCCAGCCAUGUUACCUCACCCUGUAACCAAAAAUACCACUUAUUUAAAACGCUUCACUUAGAAUGGCAUGUUGUGCAUCAUGAAAUGACUAUUAUUGAAGGUGUCCAUCUGAUUCAAUUUAUACUUCAGGCUGUUUGUGGUCUGUAACAUGGAAGAUCCAUUUCUUUGAUACUUACUAUAUCUUAUACAGUCAUCAUAUCAGGUGUUCUUAUCUGAAACAGCAUUGCAUCUUAAUGUGUCCUUAGAUUGAGCCAAUGUAUUUACUUUAUGAUAAAGAUGUACUGUUAUUUAUUUGAAUAUUUCAAGAAGAAAGACUUCACUUUUUGGGUCGUACUUUGGCUGUAUGCAUUUAUAUCUAUAUAU